CUGUUGUUGUUUCACUCCAGGAAGUAAAGCCGAAAUGGUUCUUGAGGAGCUGACGGUCCGUCUCAACGAUAGAGAAUACACAAACUGGCUGAAGGCUGGCCGGUGUCUGCUCAUACUGAAGACCGGCCUCCACCCGUUCACCGACCACCGGAUGAGAGCUCACCACAGAGACCUUCUCAACCAGCACGCGCUUCUGAGCACUCCGUGCGAGACGUCUUCUUGUAAACCAAUAGGGAAUAAACUUUCGUCGCCGUGCGGGGUGUGUUCAGAGUGGCAGAAGGUGAUCCUGAGACACCACAGACAGCCUGGGGCCACCAUCAACUGGGCCAACUGUUUCCCUCCUCACUGGAGGACAGACCACUGGGAGGUGGCCAAGGCCUACAUGCCCCGAGGUCAGGCCAAGGUCAGGAGGGCUGAUCAGUGUGACGCUGCGGCUCUGCUCAACCUGAUCAACUACUGUAGAUGUUUCUGGUCUGUGGAUCCAAAACUGGUGAGACAGGUGAUCCAGUUCAGGAAUGAGUUGAUGCACUCGUGUGAGCUGCGGGUGAAGGAUGACUGGAUCAGACACUACUGGAGGACUUUGAAGCACUUUGUGCAGCAGCUGAGUGACGUUCCCCAGAUGGCCACAGUAGGACAACAGAUAGAAGAUAUGCUGACUGUCGAUCUGUCCAUUUGUGUGUCUGGUGUUGACCGAGUGGACUCGGCCGGUCCUUUGGAGGGAUGUGAAUCUGAUUUUGUCAGCCAGUUGGAGACCAGUGCUGAGAAGGUCAGCCAAUGGGAAACAGAGCUGCUACAAGAAAUGCUGCAGGAGUAUCUGCAUGUCGCUGCAGAGGAAGAUGGCGAUGCAAAGGCACAAGACCCAGAGCAGCUGAAGAGGCUGCAGAGCUUCCUGCAGGCCAACAAAGAUCUCAGAGAGAGGUUUUCUACAGAACUUCAAGCCAUCAACUCACUGGAGGUCAAAGAACGAGGAGAUGGAAGCGAUAAGAGGUCAAGGUAAAGACCAGAAGGCUAUUCGAUGAUCAUAUUAUGAUGUUUGCAAACCGUAAGCAUCGGAGAAAUGGAGAACACUCUCCAAGUGGACUGGUUCUAAAGAAGAGACUUGUGGAGUUCCUCGUGUCUGUGGUGCUGCAGCCAAGCACACAACACAGGAAAGCAUUUCUGGAGACCAGCUUCCCAAACCUGAUGUACAUGUCAUAAAGAUGAAAGGGAAAUAAGACCAGAACUUUGCACUUGGGAACAAAAUUUUGUUUUUACAGGUUUGACAUUUUAAACCUGAACGUUUCUGAUUCUUGAUCAGAACAGAAAAAAGUUUUUUAUCCAAUACCAAAAUGUUCAGUUUUUGAGGCUUUUGUAUGUUUUUGUUUCUAUCAACGUUGAAUUAAAGUUGGUUCAAACGAUA